UCGGGGCCAGGUGACGGCCACACGGCGGGCGCAGGGCUGGGGCCAGCUGGAUGGCGAGGGGGAACAAGCAGUGCCCCUGGCAGCCGCCCGGGAUUAUUUAUGGAGCAGAUUUCCUCCUGGUUGUGUUACGGGGUGGGGGGGCGCGGAGCAGACCCCAGCACUUAGCGGGGGGGGGUUUGGGCAUCUCACCACCCCUAAAACCAGAGCGAGCCGGGGGCUGGGGGGGGGGGGGGGGUCCGGCGCUGGUAUCACCAUGAUUUAGAAGGUGUCUUUUUUAAAAAAACCCACUCCGGUGCUUUCUUCCCAUCUGGUUUGCUUUUAUUUUUCUAAGCAAAUAAACAAAAUUGAUCCUUUUUGAGGACACACAUCCCCCCCCCCCGCCUCUGUCGUCCCCAGGGUUUUUUUCAGGCCUUGGGUGUUAUUUAAGGGGCCUGCACGAAAUUAAGCCGUGGGGCUUCCCGAUAUUGGAAACACGUACUAUUUCUUUUGUAAACGGAAAUUUAAAGCCGGGCGGGAAAUGUUUAAAAGCGAAAUGCUCGAUUCACCUGGGUGAAAAAGGAGGGGAAAAUGAAAAGUCAUGAAAAUAAAUUUUUUUUUUUUUCUUUCCUGAAGUAGGCUUUAAUUUUAACUCCGGAUUUCCAACGGGUGCCAUCGGUGCCUGAAUUACAGCUGGGAAAAUCAAACUCGGCCCCAAAGAGCGGAACCUGCGACUCAUCAGCGCGGCGCUGCCUUGACACCCCCCCCCCCCCCUCCCCGGGGCCGGUUCAUUGGAUCAAGAUGCGGGAAUCGGGGUCCCCCCCCCAUUUUUUUUUGCCCCUUCAGCUCCGACGCUGCAAUUAGGGUGACGUGAACGAGCAGCGAUGGGAUCUUUAAUUGCAAAUCUAUUCGAGUAAAAUCCCCACUGUGUCUGUGGGUGGGCACCUCCACGGACCACCCCCCCUCCCCGGACCUUCAAACCUUCUCCAGCCAUCGCAUGGUGACGAGGGCUGGGUCUUAUGCACGGAGACCAUGACCACUGAUGAGGCCACCAAGAGCGAAGGGGAGGUGCAGGCGGCAGCUCUGGCCGAGCGCGGGGAGGACAUCACGCCGGCUCGAGACCGAGGGGUCCUGAAGAUCAUUAAACGACCCGGCAGCGAAGAUGAGACCCCCAUGAUCGGGGACAAGGUUUACGUCCACUACAAAGGCAAAUUGGCCAACGGUAAAAAAUUCGACUCCAGCCGUGAUCGGAACGAGCCCUUCGUCUUCAGCCUGGGCAAGGGUCAGGUCAUCAAGGCAUGGGACAUCGGGGUGGCUACCAUGAAGAAGGGGGAGAUCUGCUACUUGCUCUGCAAACCCGAGUACGCGUACGGCUCUGCUGGCAGUGCCCCCAAAAUCCCCUCCAACGCCACCCUCUUCUUCGAGGUCGAGCUGCUUGACUUCAAAGGCGAAGACUUGUUUGAGGAUGGAGGGAUAAUCCGGAGGAUCAAGAGGAAGGGAGAAGGUUACUCCAACCCUAACGAAGGUGCUACGGUGGAAAUUCACCUGGAGGGAUUCUGCGGCGGCACCAGGUUCGACUGCAAAGAUGUGAAGUUCGUGGUGGGCGAAGGGGAGGACCACGACAUCCCCAUCGGCAUCGACAAAGCCCUGGAGAAGAUGCAGAGGGGGGAACACUGCAUCCUCUACCUCGGGCCACGGUACGGCUUUGGGGAGGCGGGGAAGCCGAAAUACGGCAUCCAGGCGAACGCGGAGCUGGUGUACGAAGUUACGCUGAAAAGCUUUGAAAAGGCCAAGGAGUCGUGGGAGAUGGACACCAAAGAGAAGCUGGAGCAGGCUGCCAUCGUCAAGGAGAAAGGCACGAUGUACUUCAAGGAAGGCAAAUACCUGCAGGCAGUGAUUCAGUAUGGGAAGAUCGUGUCCUGGCUGGAAAUGGAGUACGGCUUGUCGGAGAAAGAGUCCAAAGCCUCCGACUCCUUCCUCCUGGCUGCCUUCCUCAACCUGGCCAUGUGCUACCUGAAGCUGCGAGAGUACGCCAAAGCCGUCGAGUGCUGCGAUAAGGCUCUAGGACUGGACCAGGACAACGAGAAGGGCUUGUACCGGCGGGGUGAAGCCAGGCUAUUGAUGAACGAGUUCGAGCUGGCAAAAUGUGACUUUCAAAGAGUGCUGGAAGUGAAUCCACAGAACAAAGCGGCGAAAUCCCAGAUCUCCGUCUGCCAGAAGAAAACGAAGGAGCACAACGAGCGGGACCGGCGGAUCUACGCCAACAUGUUCACAAAGUUUGCGGAGAGGGAUGCAAAGGAAGCAGCUAGCAAAACCGGGGUCGAAAAAGCAGUGGAGAAAGCAGCUUGCGAAAAGGGACCCAAACCUCCCGGCGCUGAAGAGGAAGAGGCUGAAGGACACGUAUGAUGGAGGAGGAGGGGAAGGGAGAGCCUCCUGCCCUCGGCCCGCACAGAAAAAGGUUGCUGCCAGACCUCGGGACUCGCCAGUGUUUUUCUUGUAAAGCUUGUUACAGUCUGUGUGAUCGUGGAAGCAAAAAGCGCCUCGCAAAGGGGGGAAAAAAAAACCCGAACCCCAUCCCACCGCCCUGGGUGUGCUCCGGGGCGGAGCGGGAGCGGCGGGACGCCGUGGGACCACCGCACGUGGAACAAAUAGCUUUUAAACGGAGAGAAAGACACAAAGAGAGGGGAAAAAAAAAAAUAAAGAAAAAUUGAAACUCUUG